AUGCGCAUCUUCCCGCGCCGGUACGCGUGCGUCCUGCCGGCGGCCCUGUGCGACCGCGUGUCGGCGCAGUUCCGGCAGCUGUUCGGCGCGGCCGGCGUGGCCUCCACCGGCUUCCUCCGCACCACCGAGCCCCGGCACCGCGCGGCCGUGCGCCACUUCUGGGGGGAGCUGCGGUCCCGGGGGCUGCUCCGCAAGGGCCUCUACGAAGGCUGGUACUGCGCCUCCGACGAGUGCUUCCUGCCCGAGGCCAAGGUCACCCGGCAGCCGGGCCCGUCGGGGGAGCCGGUGCCCGUGUCCGUCGAGAGCGGGCAUCCGGUCUCCUGGACCAAGGAAGAAAACUACAUUUUCCGGCUCUCCCAGUUCCGGGAGCCGCUCCGGCAGUGGCUGCGCGGCGACCCGCACGCCAUCGCCCCCGAGCCCUUCCGCGGAGCCGUGCUCCAGUGGCUGGAGGAGGAGCUGCCCGACCUGUCCGUAUCGCGCAGCCGCCGCCACCUGCACUGGGGCAUCCCGGUUCCCGGGGACGACUCCCAGACCAUCUACGUGUGGCUGGACGCCCUGGUCAACUACCUCACCGCCAUCGGCUACCCAGACGCCGAGUUCCAGUCCUGGUGGCCCGCGACGUCGCACAUCAUCGGCAAGGACAUCCUCAAGUUUCACGCCAUCUACUGGCCUGCCCUCCUCUUAGGGGCCGGGCUGAGCCCACCGCACCGCAUCUACGUCCAUUCCCACUGGACGGUGUGUGGCCAGAAGAUGUCCAAGAGCCUGGGCAACGUGGUGGAUCCCAGGACUUGCCUGGAGCGCUACACGGUGGACGGCUUCCGCUACUUCCUCCUUCGGCAGGGAGUUCCCAACUGGGACUGCGACUACUACGAUGAAAAGGUGGUCAAGUUGCUGGACUCGGAGCUGGCCGAUGCCUUGGGAGGGCUUUUGAACCGAUGCACUGCCAGCCGGAUCAACCCUUCUGGGACUUACCCAGCCUUCUGCCCUGCCUGCUUCCCCAGCGAGCCGGGCCUGGCCGGGCCCUCGGCGCGUGCUCGGGCCGAGGACUAUGCGCUGGUAAACGCAGUGGCCGCCUUGCCCCAGCAGGUUGCUCACUACUAUGAUCACUUUCAGAUCUAUAAAGCGCUGGAGCAGGUAUCCGCCUGUGUUCGGCAAACGAAUGGGUUUGUCCAAAGGCAUGCGCCCUGGACACUGAACUGGGAAAGCCCGGCGGAUGCUCCCUGGCUGGGCACCGUGCUUCACGUGGCCCUGGAAUGUUUGCGAGUCUUCGGAACUUUGCUUCAACCGGUGACCCCGCACUUAGCUGACAAACUACUGUCUAGGUUGGGAGUCUCUGCCACCGAGAGGGGCCUUGGAGAACUCUGUUUUCUGCCCCGGUUUUAUGGACAUGCAUGCCCUUUUGAAGGGAGGAAGCUGGGUCGUGAAACAGGGCUUUUAUUCCCAAGACUGGACCAGUCUAGGUCUCGGCUGGUAAAAGCUCACGGGACCUAG